AGAGAGGGGGACAGAGAGCGAGAGAGAGGGAGAGCCACUGUUAUUAUUACCAGAGAGAGACAGAGACACGGACAGAAGCAGAGAAAGACGGCGAGAGGACUACAGGGACAGCGGCAGGGAGAGACGGAGAGGGAAUCUUGGCUGCAGCCCAGGGCUGGGAGCGGCUGGAGCGAGGGAGGGAGGGAGGGAGCGGGCGGAGAGCGGGCGGGCUGGGCGGCACGUGGAGGGGAGCGAGGCGGGGCGGGUCCCUCGCUGAGCCGGAGCCGACGGAGCAGACUGCAGCACAGACAGCGGAGCCAGCACAGACGCCAGAGCCAGCACAGACAGCAGAGCCGGGAGGCCAGGCAGCACGCGGAGAGUGAAUGGAUGGUAAAUGGACUGCAUUUAUAUAGCGCUUUUAUCCAAAGCGCUUUACAACUGAUGCCUCUCGUUCGCCAGAGCAGUUAGGGGUUAGGUGGGGCCUGCUCACCGUCUCCAGGGGCGAAGAGGCGAAGCGCCAGGGGGGAACGACGCCCGCGCCCCAGACCUUCCGGCUCCCCCCGCCCCGCGAACGGCCAGCGAGGAUCCGAUUCGGCGGGCGAUUCCCGGAGCGAGCCAGCGAGAGAGGGAAACGGAUCGCCUCGGGCAGAGUGACUCACGCGCGGCAGGCGGCCCGUCGCCAAACUCCGUCUUCCCUCCCUCUCCCUCCCUCCCCGGUGUCCCACGCAACACGCUCCCUCCCUCGGAUGGACUGUAGUCGCGCCCGCGGGGGCCGGCGGGACUGAGAGCGCCCCCCUGUGGCCGGCGCGGGGAGCGCGAGAGAGAGAGAGCGAGCGGCCCGAGCGGGGAUGGACGGAUCCGCUCGCGAGAGGAGGAGGAGCGGGGGGGCGAGGAAGGGGCCGUUCGCGGCUCUGGUUCUGCUGGCGGUCUGGACGGCGGCGUCGGCGUCGGUGGACUCGGCCCGGCACGGCCAGCCCAGGCUGCGCCUCUCCCACAAAGAGCUGUGGGACCUGAACAGGACCAGGGCGUUCCGCGGGGCCCCGGGCCGGCUGGACCUCGGCGCCGCGCUGCUGGACGAGUCCCGGGAGAGGCUGUUCGUCGGAGCGCGGGACGGCCUGUACUCCCUGAGCCUGGAGAGCGUCGGCAGGCGGCCCGGAGAGGUACGCUGGCCCAGCACGGCCACGCAAGUCAACGACUGCCUGAUGAAGGGCAGAGAGAAGUCGGAGUGCGCCAAUUACAUCAAGGUCCUGCACCAGCACAACCGGACGCACCUGCUGGCGUGCGGCACGGGCGCGUUCGACCCCGUCUGCGCCUACGUCCGCGCGGGACGCCAGGCAGAGGACGCCCUGUUUGAGCUGGAGGCGGAGCUGACUGAGAGCGGGAGAGGCAGAUGCCCCUACGACCCCCAAAGCUCCUGCACGUCCACCGUCUCCAGAGGGGAGCUGUUCGUCGGGCUGUACACGGACUACUGGGAGAACGACGCCGCCCUCUGUCGCCUGGGCAACCACAGCUACACCCGGACGGAGGGGGGCGACAGACGGCUGCUUAACGAGCCGAAGUUUGUUGGGUCCGUGGUGGUCCCCGACAACGAUGACCCAGAUGACGAUAAAGUGUACUUCUUCUUCACCGAGAAGACCGUCGAUGCCGAAAGUGGCAACAACGCCGUUCACACCAGGAUCGCACGAGUCUGCGCGAAUGACCAGGGGGGCCGGAGGAUGCUGGUGAACAAGUGGAGCUCCCUGGUGAAGACCCGACUGAUCUGCUCCGUCCCCGGCCCGCACGGGGUAGACACGCACCUGGACCAGCUGGUGGACGUGUUCGUGCUGAAGAAGAGGGACGAGAGGAACCCGGAGAUCUUCGGUCUGUUCCGCACCACCAGCGACGUGUUCGAGGGCUACGGCGUGUGCGCGUACCGCAUGGACGACGUCCGGGCGGCGUUCGCCGGGCCCUUCGCGCACAGGGAGGGCCCCGACCGACGCUGGGCGGCGUACGAGGGCAGGGUCCCGUUCCCGAGACCCGGAUCGUGUGCCAGCCAGGUGAACGGGGGGCAGUACUCCAGCUCUAAGGAGUACCCGGACGAGGCGCUGCGUUUCGCGCGGGACCACCCCGCCAUGCUGCGGCCCGUGCGCCCCCUGCACCGCCGGCCCGUCCUGCUGCGGGGCGAGGGGGACCGGAGGCUCACCCAGCUGGCCGCGGACCGCGUGGAGGCCCGGGACGGCCACUACGACGUGCUCUUCAUCGGGACAGACGAUGCUGUGGUGCUGAAGGUGAUCGCCAUCUACAACAAGGACAGCGACACCGUGGAGGAGGUCCUCCUGGAGGAGCUGCACGUUUUUAAGGUUCCUGUGCCAAUAACUGAAAUUCUUAUCUCUGCUAAAAGGCAACAGCUGUACGUGGGGUCGGAGCUGGGCGUGGUCCAGGUGAAGCUGCACCAGUGCCACCUGUACGGUUCGGCGUGCGCCGACUGCUGCCUGGCCCGGGACCCCUACUGCGCCUGGGACGGGGCCGCCUGCUCCCGGUACCUCCCCGCCGGACCGUCCGCCAAGAGGCGCUUCCGGAGACAGGACGUUCGUCACGGAAACGCCGUCCAGCAGUGCGAAGGAGCGCCAGCCAAUGGAGACCAGGCGCGGGAGCCCGAGGAGAGGCUGGUGAUCGGGGUGGAGAACAGCAGCGUCCUGCUGGAGUGCCGGCCCAGGUCACCGCAGGCCCAGCUCCUCUGGUUCAGACUGCGCGGCUCCGACAAGGAAGAGGUGCGGGCGAGCGACCGGGUGGCGAAGACCCCGCACGGCCUCCUCUUCCUGGGCCUGCGCCGGGCGGACGCGGGCGCCUACCUGUGCCAGUCGGCCGAGCGCGGCUUCGUCCGGCCGCUGGCCCGCGUGGCGCUGGAGGUGCUGGAGGAGCGGCGCCUGGACCGGCUGCUCCGCGGGGCCGAGCCCGGGGACGAGGGGGCGGCGGGGGGCGGGGCCCAGCGCAAGGCCCCUCCCCCCUGCUCCCUCCCCCGGGGCUCCGCCCCCAAGCUCUGGUACAAGGACUUCCUCCGGCUGGUCGGCGACGGCGACUUCCGCGGGGUGGAGCAGUACUGCGAGCGGGUGUGGUGCCCCGGCCGGGGGCGCAAGAAGCUGAAGAGUCCGCUGCCCAAGUGGAAACCGCCCCCCCAAAAGGAGAGGGGGGCGUCCCGAGGGGACCGCCAGCGCACGCCCAGACAAGCCCGGACGCGCCCCGCCGUCCCCACGCAUGCCCCGGACGUCUGAGGGGGGGGGAGGAGUCUGCCCCGGCAGAACCGCCAUCUUUACCCGGGAGAACCGCCAUCUUUACCCGGGAGAACCGCCAUCUUUACCCGGGAGAACCGCUAUCUUUACCCGGCAGAACCGCCAUCUUUACCCGGGAGAACCGCCAUCUUUACCCGGCAGAACCGCCAUCUUUACCCGGGAGAACCGCCAUCUUUACCCUUCCGUCUCAGGCAGCAGCGCGGCCGCUCGCUGACCUGGCGGAUGGAAGCAGUCAUUACGGGGUCCGAUUCUUUGUACAGUCCAGACUCCAAAGGAAACACAGUUAAAAUGGGGG